AUGCAUCCCCACUUGCAUACAAAAGACAAUACGGCAUGCGAGGAAGUCAUGACAAUCCUCGACGAGUGCCACGCACGAGGCUUCCUCUGGAAAUCAGUGGGAAUGUGCAACGAUGCAAAGACACAAGUCAACCUGUGUCUGCGAGCCCAACGACUCGAGCGAACGAGGAAGAAUCGGGAGGCUGCGAAGGUCAAGAACCAGGAGAUGAGGGCGAAGUGGGCUGAGAUUGACGCUAACUCAUGA